AUGGAGACUGAUUCAGAGCAAACUGAGGGGGUGGCUGAAACGCCGCAAAGCUCCGAUGACGAGAGUGAUCAGCCAAUUGCUGAUCGGCGAGGAGAGAAGUCUCAGAAGGUUAAGCUUAAAAGCAAGGAAAAGAAGAAAGGCGUGAAGGUUAGCUCCGUCUCUGCAAAAAAGGCUCGAACAAAAAGGACAGUUUACUGUAGCCACUGCCAUCAGCCAGGCCAUCGUGUUGACGGGAAAAAGUGCCCUAAGAAAGGAAAGGCGGGGUGUCCAUGCUGGAGGAAGAGACAUGGAGGCUGUGGGGACAGAAGCAGAAACCACCCCGUCUGCGAAAAGUGCGGGGAGGAGCCUGAUGAUGACCCUUCUAACGUGCAUCACGAACCAGAAACUUUGAACAACGAGGUGACCAAGUGGACCAACAUUCUUGACGAUCUCGGUUUGGUGGCGCUCCCAGGAAAGGAGGAUAAGCGUUUGAGGCGUGAUGCCGGAUACCAAGCAGGUUUCUAUUGGAGCGAUCAUCCCGAUAAUCCGAAGAAUCGGAAUCACAAAGGGGCGCGUCUGGUGAACGGGUUCACGGGCGAUCACUUUGACGUCACCUCAGAACCAGUAUACUCGGACGAGGAGCUGGCCGAGCUUUCCGAUCAACGGCUUCUGCAACUCGCACACGAGCACUUUCGCCCCUACAAGGCCCACAGAUUCGCCAAGCGCAAAAUCAACGGCAAGAUCGAGAAGGUGCAAGAGCUGGGCAUUCUGAAUGACCAUCUGCUGCCAAGACUCCACAAGGAGCUGCUCAGACGGGAGGCCAUUCAUCCGAGGCGGCCGCAAGGGAGGGCCGCUCUGCCUGACCACACGGAGGAGGAACGGGUCGAGGCCAUCCGGAAAGAGGCUGAAGACUACGUCAACGAGGGUCUUGAUCAUCUUUUCGACCCGGAGCCGUCAAAUCCUAAUGACAACAAGUCCGAAACUCCAAUCAACGUUGAAGAUGAGCAGAGGCCCUUUGAUCCUGCUCCCGAGCCGUCUGAAAGACAGCGCCGUAAAAGUCAAAAUCAAGACUCGUCCCCAGCUAAGGACUCGGCCAAUGACAGUGCCAAUGGCAAUCCCAGGGAGAAGCCUUCCAACUUGGCUGCCGACACAAGGGAAGCUGCUGCUGCUGCUGAUGUCACCGACAUGGAGCUUGACCACAGCGAGUACGUUUCUGACACCUUAUCAAGGUUUGAAUCAAUUGAACUACCCGACGUGGACGAGCAGAAGUACGAAGCCAACGCGAAGCUCGAGCGUUUGGUGGUUGCAAUUACCAAGAUUUUGACCAACGUUUACACCUCAAGGAAGGUUCACGUACUGGGACUGCAAGAGCUUCUGUUGAUGGAAAGCCCGGAUCUGAAAGUGGAAAGUGCCGAGGGGAAGGAAGCGGUGCUGGACGUGCUACAAGACGUCGAACUGGCUGAGAGUGUGGACAAGAUUCUUGAGGCUUCUGUGCAAAGGUUUCCUGAACUCCAAAAGCUGGUCUCGGAACAGACUGCAGAUGUUACAGAGGCGAUGGAGCAUGUCCGUGGUGAAGUCUCAGCGUACGAAACUACACUGGAAGAUCUGCAAGGCAAGCUUGUCCGGUUGCAACGUGAGAUUGGGAUCGUCCAACAACAAAUACAAGAGUACAACGUCUUCCUGAACGAUUCAAGAGAAGCCUUGCAAGUACACGAGGACCAGAAAAGGCUGCAUCUGAUCCAGACACUCCUUGACUUCACGCUCGACCCCAUCACAACCGAUCCGCAAGAAGAUGGAGACCCUUCUACUUCCGAAGUAGCUGUUCAGAGAGUGGCGCAAGGACCUCGGCGAAGCUCUAAAAAACGGAAACGAGAAGAGGAUGAAGAUCCUUCUUCGAGCACCGAUACGCCUGCAGCCCUGGACGAGGCCCAAAAAGCCAAAAAACGAUCUCGAGGAGGCUCUAAACACAGGGAAAGAAAGCAGAGACGAGAAAAGCGAAAGCGGAUUCGAAAGGCGACAGAAUCAGCUGCUCUCAAAAUUGAUGGCUUGAGCACGUCUUCUGAGGGAACGGCAAAAGAAUCUCAGAAAAUUCCGGCACGAUUCAGCCCCGAAAGCCCUGACGCGUCUGGCUUGUGCGCGCCUUUGAGGUGCGCCUCGCCUCCAGCGAAAGGGCUCGAUCGGAGCCUUUUUGGCUCCCAAGCCCCUGCUAGCGGCUUGAGCGCGUCCUCUGGGCGCGCCGCGCCUACAGCGGAGGGGAUCGCCGUGGCUAGCAAACCCUGCCAGACAUCCGACGUCGGUAAAGAACCGAAGCCUCCUGCCAGCGACCUGCGUGCGUCCACAGGGCGCGCCUCGCUUGCGGCAGGCAGGGCCGCCGUCGGAUUGGGGGGUCGGCAACCUUCCAAUGAUCUCCUUGCCAGCGGCUUGCGUGCGUCCCCUGGGCGCGCUGACACUGCGGCGGGGGGGCAGGAACGAAAAGCCGUUGCGAAAAACGUGCCGGAAAACCUGGAGCCUCAGCAGCAAAAGUCGAUGGCGCUCCUCCACCAACAAACGGUCCUGCUGAACACGCUGGCCAGUCCGACCACCAAGAAAACCCCGACCAACGAGAGCGGCCUCCCAUCACGAGCUUAUCAAAGACUUUUGGAGUCUGCGGUUGGCUGUCAACAUCUGCACGAGUUGCUCUCGAAGCUUCGAUUCAGCUAUGUGGACAUGAAAGUAACAGACAUCUCCAUCAAAAAGGAUCCCGCUGAUGGCAGCUACUACAACGAAACAAUUCUCGUGAGGAAGAAGGACUCUGCGUUGGUGAGUACUAAUGUGGCAACAGAGAUCUGGCGGUACAAUGACCGAGAGAAAGACCCCAAAGUGCCUGGUUACGAUGACGCAGAGGAGGAGGAGGACGAUAGUCCACCGUCCUACGAAAUGGAGAGAGCUCUCACAUAUUCGAUCUUGAGGUUAUUCAAGGACAAUAAGGGGCUUCCGGAGAUCACCUUGCGCUGCUUGGUCCAAGAGCUCCGGGCGAGAGGCGAGUGGUUGAGUGGCUGCUCCGUCCAAUUCUUCAAGAAGGUUCUUGAGGCCCUGGAAAAUAGCAACCAGCUCAUGGUGACGUCAAGCAGAGCCCAUCGACUGUGA